AUGAACAACUCACGGAUGUCCACACCUGGUUGUUCCCGCGCAGCGAGCCUCGAUCAAAUGAUCAACAACAACGUGGUUCGAGGAGUGGCGGUGGGGCAUCGACUUUCAAUGUCUACUCGCACUUGGGACAGGGCGACGUGGACAAUCCCUACGAGCAACACAACUUGGCCGUAGUGGCUCCGAGAGAUUUCUACGGGACAACAGAUCCCAUUAACCACAGAAGCAGCAGCCAUAGUGCUGGCAGCAGGAGAGGCGGCGGUUCAAGAGAUAGUGACAGCAGGCGCUCUUUCGCCAGCGCCGGCGCUCAGGCCAUCGGU